AUGUGGUUUCCUGCUACUCAUCACCAUUCCACCCAGUUAGCUGCAUUUCUUCAUCCAUUUUCCUCUACAAAUGAAAGACAAUUGAACCAGACACAAGUAGAAAAGCCAACCGAAUGUAAACAGGAUCAAACAAAAAGAGAAACUGUUAAGUUUUCUAUUGAAAAUAUCUUAAAGGACAAGUCAUCUGCAAGUCGCAAUGAAGACAUUUCGGACGUAUCUGAGAUACCUCCAGAAAACAAGAGUACAAAGGAGGUUGUAGCAGGCCGACAAUUUUCCUGGCUGCAGUGUACUAGAUAUAAACCACCCAAGUUACCGCGUCUGAAAAAGAAAGAUGGCGUAAAAAAGAGAAAAUUAGGAAGAAAUCCUCGUGUGCCAUUUACCCAACACCAAGUGGCAGUUUUGGAGCAUAAAUUCCGGAGGACCCACUAUCUAAGUAGUAUGGAUGUGGCCGAGCUAUCAUCUGUACUUAGUCUCACAGAAAACAGAGUUAAAAUAUGGUUCCAGAACAGAAGAGCGAGAGAAAGGCGGGACCGCGAAGCAUCUCAAAGAAACCAAAUCAUACAGUCGCCCUCCUCUGAGACAAUGGCUGCUUCAGAAUGGCCCUAUCCUGUGUCACACUCAAAUAUGUUACAGUGUGGGGAGUCUCUAGCCAACAACUUCUCCGCAUUUUCUCCGGUCCCAACCUCAAAUUAGCAGUGAUUUCUCUCGUCAUUCAUUUGCAUAUUUACAGCUGUUUUAUGCCACAAACGGAAGUGCUAAAUGUUUUGUUCGUGUUGAUGUUUUUACCCUACAA